AUGUCCAGUCAUCCCCCCGACUACGACCCUAAUCGACAGGGACCGUAUCCACCCCAGCAGUGGCAGCACGGCCAGCCGGACGAUCACCCUCCGCAGUAUCCGUACCCUCCAUCUUCUUAUCCUCAACCGCCAGACGAUCGCGCUUACGCUUAUCCGCCGCCGUCGCAAUAUCCCCCGCCACCCGCCAACAUGGCUGCCAUCCACCCGCACCAAGGCCAGGAUCCCUACCGCCUGCCUCCGCCGCCAGGUGCCUACCGUCCCGAGGUCUAUGGCCAACCUCCUCCCCAGGUUGUUUACCAAGCUGCUGCGCCCCGGCAGCGAACGGCGAUCGCGUGUCGAUACUGUCGCAGGCGGAAGAUUCGCUGCUCCGGAUUCGAAACCUCGCAGGAUGGACGCUGCAGCAACUGCAUUCGCUUCAACCAGGAGUGCAUGUUCACCCCCGUCUCCUCACAGGCGCAAGCAUUCGUCCCGGCUCACGCGGCCUAUCCUCAUCUGCGCAAUCAGGGUGCCCCCCGCCCCGGGGUGACCCUCUACGGUGCCCAUGGCCAGCCACUGCCGCCCCAGCAACAGCCCCAAGCAAGCCCGGAGACGACCCUUCCGCCACCUCAAGGGAUGUACCAACCCCCGUACGGUCGACCGUCCAUGGACGGUGGUGCCCCUCCGCCCCUUGCGUCGUCCAUGCCACCGGAUCCGAGACACCCUGGAGGCCGCCGAGGCUCGGGCUCAGGCUACGAGUACCCGGACCCGACCAAUCUCGCUCCCGUCACGCCUGCCGGCUCCACCCCAGGAUAUCAGACGCACACCGCCCCAUCUCCCUAUUACCCCCCACCGCAUGAUCGACGCACCUCGCCGCAAUCCGCUUACUACGACGGUCGUCACUCUGCAUCCCCCAACUCCCCGUAUCCGCCGAUGCAGCCUCCUCAGGGAGGAGUCACCCCACCCCCGAGCUCGACGCCCAGCGGCGCAGCGCGCGGGGGGCUGAAUGUGCGCGACAUGCUCAAUCCGGGCGAUUCGCACGGCCGCUCCAGCACAGACAGCGACAUGCUGAAUGCCUUGAAUCGCCGCGGGCUGAAUCAGUAG